GCCCCCCCACCCCCUCCUCCCUUUUUUCUUCUUCUUUAUAUAUAUGUCACUUUCUUGCUUGACCCUAUCUCUUUUUGCACCUCAAACUCCUACUUCUUACCAGUAAAGCUCAAACCAAAACCGCCUGCUAUACCUCUUUCGAAGCACUCACUGGCGAUUUACCGGCAACAGAGUUUUUUUAGGCCUAAACAGAUCCAAACCGCUCCUCCUUCCUGUGGCUUUUCUAGGGUUCUUCUUUAUUAGGCAAAGCUAAAGAGGGAAAGGAAAGAAGUUAGGUUUCGAGACAGACAAGGAAGGCAUAACUGGAUUCUCCGUGAUCUUCGUUGGGACGUUAUUUUAAAUAUUUGUUUUUAUUUAGGCGUUUUAGCUUGAUUUUUGUCUGUCAAGGACCGUAUCAAAUUUGUCAACACAUAACUUUUUUUUCUAGAUUCUCUCUCGCUUGUACAUUGGCACGUAAGAAUCAGAUAUUCUUGAGGGAUAAUUAAAUAUAAACCGAAGGAGAGAGACAAUCUUUUCAGCUGCCCAAAAAAAACCAGAGUCAGCUUUGUCUCUCACUGUUAGAGAAUCUAGGGAAAACAUAUCAGUCUCUAAAGGGUAUUCUCAACUCAAAUCGAAGGACACUGAAGUAGUGGUGAAGAAGGCAAAAGCUAUAUCUGUAUAUGAACAAAUAUUGCUUAGGGCUUUUGGGAUUCUGAAAUAUGCCAGCCGGAGUAAUGAUUCCGGCAAGAAACAUGCCGUCGAUGAUUAGUGGGAACGGGAAUGUUGGUGGUUUUGGAACAUCAUCAGGACUCACCCUUGGUCAGAUUGAAAAUCCAUAAGCUUCGGAAUCUUAAAGAUCUGUAGAUAAUGUUCCAGCCUAACAUGAUGGAAGGUCAACUCCACCCUCUCGAGAUGACCCAAAACACAUCCGAAAGCGAGAUUGCUCGAAUGAGAGACGAGGAAUUCGACAGUACAACCAAAUCCGGUAGCGAGAACCAUGAAGGUGCCUCUGGGGAUGAUCAAGACCCUCGUCCCAAAAAGAAGCGCUACCAUCGCCAUACCCAGCAUCAGAUCCACGAAAUGGAGGCAUUUUUCAAAGAGUGUCCGCACCCAGAUGACAAGCAAAGGAAAGAACUUGGGCGUGAGUUAGGGUUAGAGCCAUUGCAAGUGAAAUUUUGGUUCCAAAACAAGCGCACCCAAAUGAAGACCCAGCAUGAGCGCCAAGAGAACACACAGCUUCGUACCGAGAACGAAAAGCUAAGGGCUGACAACAUGAGGUUCAGGGAAGCUCUGAGCACUGCCUCAUGCCCAAAUUGUGGAGGUCCAACUGCUGUAGGACAAAUGUCCUUCGAUGAACACCAUCUCAGACUUGAAAAUGCUCGAUUAAGAGAAGAGAUUGAUCGCAUAUCAGCAAUAGCUGCAAAGUAUGUUGGCAAGCCAGUGGUGAACUAUCCUCUUCUUUCGUCUCCUAUGCCUCCUCGACCACUUGAUUUCGGUGCACAACCUGGAACUGGGGAGAUGUACGGUGCUGGGGAUCUUCUUAGGUCGAUCAGUGCGCCUAGUGAGGCUGAUAAGCCCAUGAUUAUUGAGCUUGCGGUUGCGGCUAUGGAGGAACUAAUCAGAAUGGCUCAGAUGGGUGAACCUUUAUGGAUGACCAGCCUUGAUGGCACAACCUCGAUGCUGAAUGAGGAAGAGUACAUUAGGACGUUUCCUAGAGGAAUUGGGCCAAAACCUACUGGCUUCAAAUGCGAAGCUUCAAGAGAAACUGCUGUUGUUAUCAUGAACCACAUUAACCUUGUCGAGAUUCUCAUGGAUGUGCACCAAUGGUCAACUGUGUUCUCGGGAAUAGUUUCGAAGGCUUCGACUUUGGAUGUCUUGUCAACAGGGGUAGCAGGGAAUUAUAAUGGAGCCCUGCAAGUGAUGACAGCUGAAUUUCAAGUUCCUUCACCUCUUGUUCCAACUCGUGAGAGUUAUUACGUAAGAUAUUGCAAACAGCAUGCAGAGGGAACUUGGGCUGUGGUUGAUGUUUCCUUGGAUAACUUACGCCCUAGUCCAACAGUGAGAUGCCGAAGAAGGCCAUCGGGGUGCUUAAUUCAAGAAAUGCCCAAUGGGUACUCAAAGGUUACAUGGGUUGAGCAUGUAGAAGUUGAUGAUAGAGGUGUUCACAAUCUGUACAAGCAGCUGGUAAGCUCCGGCCAUGCUUUCGGAGCAAAACGUUGGAUUGCUACUUUAGAUCGACAGUGUGAGAGGCUUGCAAGUGUUAUGGCUACUAACAUUCCCACUGGUGAUGUUGGGGUCAUAACAAAUCAAGAUGGGAGAAAGAGUAUGCUGAAGCUAGCUGAGCGGAUGGUAAUAAGUUUCUGCGCAGGAGUGAGUGCCUCUACUGCUCACACAUGGACUACAUUAUCAGGAACUGGGGCUGAUGAUGUUAGGGUCAUGACUAGAAAGAGUGUUGAUGAUCCAGGCAGACCUCCUGGCAUUGUGCUAAGCGCUGCAACUUCCUUCUGGCUUCCUGUUUCACCCAAGAGGGUAUUUGAUUUCCUCCGAGAUGAGAAUUCUCGAAGUGAGUGGGAUAUUCUUUCUAAUGGUGGAGUUGUCCAAGAAAUGGCACACAUUGCUAAUGGUCGGGAUACAGGCAAUUGUGUUUCACUACUUCGGGUAAAUAGUGCAAAUUCAAGCCAGAGCAACAUGCUGAUUUUACAAGAGAGUUGCGCUGAUCCAACAGCCUCUUUCGUAAUCUAUGCUCCUGUCGAUAUUGUUGCAAUGAAUGUAGUGCUAAAUGGAGGGGAUCCGGACUACGUGGCCCUUCUUCCCUCAGGCUUUGCUAUUCUGCCCGAUGGAACUACAGCAAGUGCAGGUGGCAUUGGUGAUGCCGGCUCUGCUGGUUCUCUUCUGACUGUUGCAUUUCAGAUUUUGGUCGACUCUGUUCCUACUGCAAAACUUUCUCUUGGAUCGGUUGCAACAGUUAACAAUUUGAUUGCAUGCACUGUUGAAAGGAUAAAGGCUUCACUGUCAUGCGAGAAUGCAUGAUCUGCCAUAGCCUUAAAUUGUAGCUAGCUAGCGAUUAACAGAAGAAGGAAAGAAGGGAAGGUAACUAAAUGUAAGAACAAUGGUGUUGACGAAUUUUGGAAUUAUAGAAGAUGGGGAGAAGUCAAGAGCGCACCUAGCAUGAUCCUCUUUGACAUGGUGACCUUUUGUUUGGGGGGCAUGAAGAAAGUGACCUUAAGCAAAUUCAUCAAGUGUUCCAAGAGUUAGAGGUUCGGGAAUUGACUUCCCCAAGGAAGAAAAACUAAAAACAAAACCAAAAGUGAAUGCAAAGAACUUUAUAGAGUGUCCGUAUUAUAAAAGGAGUUUGACUUUUAUGCUCAGUAGGGUUUUUAGAGUCUUGUAUAAGUAAUGGGAUUUUAGUUCCCCUUUUUCCUUCUGCCCUUUGUUUGUUUGUGUUUCUUAAGCACUAAUGGGUGAAAAGCUCUCACACCUUCUAGCAGACAAUUCCUUUUUUUAUUGUUUUUUCUUUCCAUUUGAAGAGCUUUUUGAAAUGGAUAUUGCUGUUGUCAUUCCUGCUCUCUUUUGGGUUCCUUUUAUUGUAACUAGCUAGUCCAUUGCCUUAUUACAUUGUCUGUUGUUCA